AUGCACAACCAAGGAGAUGGACAAAAUGAGUUUCAUGGAGAUACCUACAACUCAUCCUGGAGGAACCAGCGCAAUUUGAGAGAGCUUAAAGACCAACAGUUCCCCAAGUUCCUAGAAGUUUUCAAGAAGCUGGAAAUCAAUAUUUCACUUGCUGAAGCAUUGGGGCAGAUGCCUCUGUAUGCUAAAUUCCUCAAAGAGCUCAUCAACAAAAAGAGAAGCUGGAAUGAAAGGGAAACAGUGUUCUUAACCCAAGAGUGUAGUGCAGUAAUCCAAAAAGGACUUCCACCAAAGCUCAAAGUCCCUGGGAGUUUCUUUCUGCCUAGCACCAUUGGCAAUAUGUCUAUCGAUAAGGCAUUAUGUGAUUUAGGAUCAAGUAUAAAUUUGAUGCCCUUAUCUAUGAUGAGAAAGUUGUCUAUCGAAGAAGGGAAACCUCUAAAGAUGACCUUGCAACUAGCUGAUAGAUCAAUGGUGAUCCUUAAGGGAGUGGUUGAGAAUCUCUUAGUUAAGGUGGGGAAGUUUAUUUUCCCAGCGGACUUUGUGAUUUUGGAUUUGGACAAAGAGGGAGGUGAUUCUAUCAUACUAGGAAGGCCUUUCCUAGCAACAACAAGGGCCAUCAUUGAUGUCGAAAAGGGGGAAAGGACUUUGAGAGCACAUGAUGAGAAGAUCAUUCUAAAUGUCUUUAAAGAAAUGUAG